AGAGGUUUCUUAACAACCAAGUCCUUUUAGGGUCUGUUUGCCUGUUUUCCCCUCGGAGCAGGCCAGGACGCCAGGCAGCGCCGGGCUCGGGGCGGCGACGGUGGAAGUUUGGCCAGGUGCUGAAGGCGGCUCUGCAGGGCUCCCCUCCCCAACCAGCGCUGCAGCCUCUCCCCGCUCCUUACUUUUUGGGGCUUUCCGGGGCUUUCCAGCCUUUCCUGGCAGGCAGCAGCAGCAGCCGAGCUGCGGGCAGGGGCCCGGGCCCGGCGGGGAGCUGGGCUGCGGCGGGAGGAGGAGGAGGAGGAAGGCGGGAGGAGGAGGAGUUGAGGAGCCCGGGCCCGGGAGCCUCCCCGCUUACCGCACUAGGAAGUGACGCUUUCCCUGAGUCCCGGGGAGAAAGAAACAAAGUUUGUUGUUGUUGUUGGGGUUUUUCUCUCGUCGCCUUCCCUCCUUGCCCUCUCCGCCAGCUGCAGCCCCGCGCCCCCGCGGGCGGCCGCCGCGCCUGGCUGCGCAGGACCUGCAACUAAGUGGACGCUGCUGACCUCUGAACCACAAAGGAUAAGAGUGAAAAGCAGUGUGAGAAGCACGCGAACUAAAAGGAAGUGGAUGUACUUUCAUCUGGACUUCUUUCCUGUCCUUUAUUGUUAAAACUGAAUGGAAAAGACAGACUUACGUGCCUUUUCUCCCCCAACCUCAGGGAUGGGUGGAUUGUAAAUACAGUGUGUGCAGCUGGGAGAAUAGACUGAAUCAUGAAUCUUCAGACUCAGCAAAAGUCUUCAACCAAAAGGACUGGGAAACGAAUUGCUUAUUUUAAUGAACAGGAUAUAGCUGUGUCAUCAAAAGAACCACAGCAGCAGCUUAAAGAAGGCCAGUACUAUGGUCAUGGAGGGAAUAUACCAGUCUCCCAAACCAUGGAGAUUCCUCACACGGGAGGAUUAACAAGUGCCCCCAACAAUGUUGCUUUGAUGAACUCUGUUUACAAUCAAGAUAGGGGAGAAUCGAUGAUGAUGUCCCAGCCAGUGACAGCUGUCAAAUGGCAGAAUUCACUAAUAGGAAACCGGUUGCCAGAGAGAGGUGAUGCCCACUGGCAGUCUCCACCUGCAAUGUGGAACCACGGUAUGGUUUUUGGGGGCAACCCAAAAGGACCCCACUCCAAUGCUGGUGCCCCAGGGUUCUAUGGCCACCCAGAAGCCCUUAAAAGAAAUCAAGAGAAAGGAGUGUUUGUGUCACAACUGGACUUGUAUGAAGAUGCUGUCCAGCAAAUGAUGUCCCAGAAGGCUCAGCUGGAACAGCAAGCCCUUGCCAGACAGCAAGCGCAAAUGAAUUCUUUUCAUCAGAUGCAGAAGCAGCAGCAGCAGAAUCAAAGUCUGCCAUUGCAGCCUUUCCAACUUGCAUUUGGCCACCAAGGCCAGAAGCAAGGUCUUCCUGAAUUAUUGCAUGUCUUUCAAGAAGCCCCAGCUUCUUCCAGUCCAGCAUUUACUGCUCAGCAAAAACAGCAAGCUCUUCCCCAACUACAGCUGUUUGAAAAUUUCUAUCCUCAACAGCAGCAGCAACAGGCUGCCACACAAGCCUUCAGUCUACAGCAAACUGCUUCCAUAGCACAGCCUCAUGUGGCAGCUGCAGCACCUCAGCAUCACAUGAUGGCACACCAGUUUCAGCAAACAGAGAGGAACCAGGAACUAUUCAAGGCUCUAACAGAGCAGAACCAACAGACAGUGCUACCUCAGACCCAGAUUCCCUUUCCAAGAAGGUCACGGAGACUCUCCAAAGAAGGUGUCCUGAUGACAUCUGCAGGAGACGUGGUGGCUUCCAAGCAGGCAGAAGAACAAUCUAGCAAUUUAUUUCUCCAUCACUGGCACACACAUCAGCAAGAGGUCCCAUUGCAGCAGCCGCCUGAAUCGUUGGCCCACAACAAAAGUAACUAUUCUCACCCCAAGAGGAUGGAUCUGGGGCAGAAGGACGCCCUGGUCAACAGUGAACUGUGUCAGAUGGAAACAGAGAGGCAAGCCGUGGCUCAGAACGGUAGAGAUGGGGAGAAACAGACAGCAGCAGCUGAAGAAAACACUCCGAGAACUAAUGACUUUCAGGGUGUUAGAGGGGGUGUAAUCCAGAGUACACGAAGGAGACGGCGUGUUUCUCAAGAAGCCAAUUUGCUAACUUUGGCCCAAAAAGCUGUGGAGCUGGCUUCUCUUCAGAACGUCAAGGAACUGGAUACUUCAGAAGAGAAGAAAAGUGUGCUGAUAGCAGCUCCAGGACCUACAGCUGCUAAAAGCGUUGUGGAAUUUGCCAGUUCUUCACCAGCUCCUAAAAAAGCCCGGGAGGAUAGCAGCCUUGUGCCUCUUAUCAUUCCUGUAUCUGUGCCAGUGAGAAAAAUUGACUUGCAGAACCUCGGAAAGGAAAAGUCUGAGGAUGGGAAGCUCCAGAGAGGCCAAACAAAUGAUCGAGGUCCUUGUGAACGCAAGCCUUCUGUGAUAGUCACUCGGAGGCGAUCUAAUCGUAAUACUAACAUGGAAACCUCAAAUCAGCAUGAAGAUGCUGUCCCAAAGGAUGAAGCAGAGGGUUUUGCCCGGAAACCAAAGCAGCGCCCAAGACCUGAGCCACUCUUCAUACCACCAAAAGCUGGCACCUUUAUUGCACCACCUGUUUAUUCUAACAUUACUCCAUAUCAGAGCCACUUGCGGUCACCCGUCCGUCUGGCAGAUCAUCCUUCAGAUAGGAACUUCGAGCUACCUCCUUACACUCCUCCACCAAUUCUUAGUCCAGUGAGAGAAGGAUCUGGGCUAUAUUUUAAUGCUAUCCUCUCUUCAAGCGGUCAUUCAGUUCCACCUCCAAUGACUCCUAAAAGUGGUCACAGAACUCUGCUUAGAUCAAAUAGUUCAGAAGUUACCCCUCCUGUUCUCACAGUAGUGGGGGAAGCCACACCAGUCAGCAUUGAACCGCGUAUAAAUGUAGGAAGUCGCUUCCAAGCAGAAAUCCCAUUGCUCCAAGAUAGAUCUCUGGCAGCAAUUGAUGAACAUAAAGCAGAGCUGGUGUGGCAGCCAUGGGGUGACCUGGAAACCAACAAAGUCACCCAAGAGAACGUGGAAAACCUGCUAGCUGCUGCCUGUUCGAGCAUUUUUCCUGGGGCUGGAACCAACCAGGAGCUGGCGCUGCAUUUCUUACAUGAAGCGAAGGGAAGCAUUCUGGGAGCUUUGACCAAGCUGCUAUUGACGAGGCCAGUACGAUCACCUACCCAUCCUCUGGCAGAUUAUCACUACACAGGAUCAGACAAUUGGAAAGUUGCUGAAAAGAAACUUUUCAACAAAGGCAUUGCAAUCUACAAGAAAGACUUUUUCUUGGUCCAAAAGCUUAUAAAAACCAAGACAGUGGCUCAGUGUGUGGAAUUCUACUACACGUAUAAGAAACAAGUGAAAAUUGGUCGGAAUGGGACCUUAAUCUUUGGGGACAUUGAUGGUGCUAAUGAAAAAUCUGUGAGAGAUGAAGCUGAAGUUGACAUCAAGAGUUCCCAUAGGUUUGCACGUGUUCUUCCUCUCAGAAGGGACAUUUACAGUGAAGAACAGGGACACGUGGAAGAAGAAGAAGAGGAGGAAGAGGAGGGAGAUGAAGGGUUGGAUAACAGAAAGAAGAGCACGCUUCCCCUCAAAGAUGCAGAGACACUACAAGCUGGUGUAACAGCCAAUGAUGCCAAUAUAAGGAGUCAAGAAGCAACUGCCACAGGCAGAAUUGGAAGGAAGCCAAGGGAGACAACCAUGAAGCCUCGAAAGCCUAUUACUGUUCCAGUGCAGAGGAGGCGGCGAAAACAGAAGAUAAAAUCGGAUGCUACCAGUAAAACUCAGAACACAGAAAACACAUUUCCAUGUAAAAAAUGUGGCAGGGUGUUCUACAAGGUGAAGAGCCGCAGUGCUCACAUGAAGAGCCACGCGGAGCAGGAGAAGAAAGCAGCCGCACUGAAGCAGCAAGAGAGAGAGGCAGCAGUGGCAGCAGCGGCAGCAGCAGCAGCCCACAGCGAGGCCCAGCAGGAAGAGAGCAGCGAGACUGGGAGCAACAGCAGCGGAAGUAGCAGCGGGAGCUCAGAUGAGGAUGGAGAAAUAUAGCAGCAGGCCCAAAGUGGAGGGAGUAGCAAGGCUGGACCCAUCUCCCCCUCAAUGAUUUCACUAUUUUGCUUGCACUUUCCUUACCUGAACCAUCAGUUUCAGUGCUGCAGUUUCCUCAUGCCACAUGUUCCAUUUUGCCUUGCCAGUACUGACCAAGCCAGAAUGGUGGACAAAAAGAUUUGUUUCAACUUGGAUUUUUUUUUAAACAAGAUUUCUAUUUAUAAUCAUACCUAAGGUACAUAACAGAACAAUGUCUCCUGCAGUGGAAGUAAGUUCUCUCUCAGGUCAAUCAGACCUUUCUUCUUGUGCUUGUCAGGAAUCAUGAUAACGGGACUCUUGGAUAUAACGCUUUCCAGACCAGAGCAAGAAAAUGAUGCUCUGCUCUGAGCUAACUGUAUCCAUUUACUGUGACACUGGUGAUUUCUAGAUGUUUUAUUUCUUAGCAAGUUCUUCCUGUUACACUAUCCUGCCUUUCUUUCUGAGCAUUUAUUCAGGCUGCCAACAAGUUUUGUGGAAAGAUGGCUUGCACUUUUGGCCUCUGCUUCACAAAAAUGAAAAGUGGGGUGAGCAAGACACGCUUCUUCCUUUUGAGAGGAAGAUUUACUUUUCAAAGGAACAAUGAGGUGCUUUUGUUUUUAUGCUGUUACGAAUGCAGCAAUAGACGUAAGGAUAUCCUGUGGGAUUAGAGUAGCCACAGGCCUUGCGGGUUGUCUCAUCAUGGAAAAUGAAAUAGUCAGCCUUUGAUUAACUUAUUGGAAAAUAGUCUGGGCUUCACAAGUGCAAUUUGAAAUGAAAACUGCUGUUUUUGACAUUGGUUGUAGGGAAGCAAGCUUGUUUAGUGAAAAUGAACCAGGACCUUGUAUGUGUGUCGGACUGUGUGCACCCCAGAGAUGGGAGAAACGGACUCUGAUCUCUAUCAAGCUCCUUAAAUCCCUCAGCAAGUGGCUUUUACCUCUCACAGAAUCACAGAAUCCAUUUCUUUAUUGUGGCAGCACUCCUUUAUUCCUUGAAAUUACCAUCAUUGGGAGCUUGUAUUAGGUGGAGCCCUAGUUUUGCAGAACUUUCUGUCAGUGUGUGUGUGGCUGUGUGUGCAGUGGGAGCUUCUUGCUUAUUUCCACACAAGUGGCUGGACAGCUGUGCCUGCUGGGUUGUCCCUCUGUGACCCCUCAGCUUGCUGACGCACUGACCUUUCCUUCAGAACUGACAUAUGCUGAUAGCCAAGAAACAUCUAGCCACCAAAACCUACUGGUGAAGGAGAGUUAAGAUCGUGCAGUAGUCCAGGUGACACGUUAGAUUUGCACAGAAUUGUUCUGCGCAUCUUUGUCGCCCAUGUUUAUCGUUAUUUCAUAAUGAUGUUAAGAAUCAGAUCUCUUCCUUGUUCCUCAUGGCCUGUCAGCCCCAGCCCGGUACUGUGGCUGCCCAGCUUGCUCCCUCACACCAACCAGCCCUGAUUCCUCUGUCCCCUGGGUGCCAGCAGUGUGUCGUACCACACGUGUGCUGCUUUCGUGCAGUUUCGAAGAAGCUGAUCAGUCCUGCAGCACCAAGCAGGAAUCCUAGGUGGGUUACUGCACGUGAACUACAGACUGUUCCCAGCUGGUUGAUUUCCUUAAAAAUUGGCCCUUCAAGCUGCCAAAUGAAUUCCAGGUAAUAAUGCUUGUCAGGUUAUCCACGGAAAAUGGAUCUGACUCCAGCAUGCCACUUUCUUUUCCUGCCCCAUGUAACUUCAUGCAACCAUGAUUACUUCACUGCCCAAGUCGGGGAGGCUGUGUAUUGUGCCACAUUUUCUUUGACACAUAUGUGCUUUUGCAUAGACUUCUUUUUCUUGGUAGAAACAGUUACUACUCUUAAAAUGAGUAGCAUUAUCACUAAGGACUGUACUUUUUUCGGUGUUGACACUUUUGCCUGCAAGUGUCUGCCAACACUGUAUUUUUCAUUCCUAACACCAUUGGGCAUCCCUUUCGGCAUUUGGAUGGCUGUUCCGUGUUCCUGCACGUAUGGCUCUUGUUGACAAGAGUGUGGAAGCAGAUGGCAUGUCAGAAACUAUUAAAAUCCAUUCAAAAACUGCAGAGAACUGAAAGCUACAAAUCUUUAAAGAGAAGUUUAAGCAUAUCAGUCUUCCCAUUAAGAAUCUCAGUGUUGAUUAUUAUCUUUUUCUUCAUGUAAAUUGGAGAAAAGGCUCACCUACCAUUAAAUUAUCCUAGGGCCCUUAGAGAGAACAGAAGCUGUAGCACACUGUGCCAGGACAGACAGUAGGUGAAGCAGCUCGAACUCACAGCUCACUUGGAGUGCUGGGAUUAAUUCCAGUAAAAAGCAACGAUGCAAUUAAAGUCCUGAACUAUGUCUCUGGGAAGUUGCCAGUGGUUCCCAUAUCCUGAGAGCUGCAAGGCAGGGCAACUGUUCAGCAGGGCCGGUGAGUAUAGCUAAAAAGGAUUUAAAAUCUAGAUGUUAUGCUGUUGUAAUGAACGCAUUUCCCUGGAGUACCAGUCUUGGCAGUAGCGCACGCUUACUUAAGGGACUGGGGAGGCUUAGAGACACAGAACAAAGAAAUGGAGAUAGAGGUAGAACUGGUACAGGGCAAAAAUGGAGACUAAAAUGAGGCUAAUCAAACUGUCGUAGGAAAAUGCUUUCACUAUCCUUGCUAAAACAGUGCAAAAUCAAUUUAUAUUUAAUCCUUUCAGGGGGCGAGGGGGCAAGAGCCUGUUCCUAUAGGGACAAACCUAAUGGUUAAUUCCGUGUCUUGUUUCUGACAAGUAGAACAGGAAGAUUAGAUACAGGGAUGUCUAUUACUGGAAGAAAAUCAGAAAAGGGCUUUUUCUGAGGAUGGGCACUAAAAAUUAUGGGUUAGCAUGGCUGACCAAAAUUGCUUAAGUAUUCCAAGUGAGUGGCAACAAAUGCUUAAUCUGGAAAUGCUUUUGAACAUGCUUACAUAUUGCUAGUAGCCACCAGAAGACCUCUUGUCUAUCAUGUUUAAAAACAAGCAAAACCAAACCUGCUGUCCACUUGCUUACAGUAGCAGUUCGGAAUUGAUCAUGUGUCUGAAUUAGAUCAAAAGUUGGCAGGGUUGUUUCCAAAAAAUAAUAAUAAUAAUAAACAAUUCCCCAGUCACUGUAGACAAAGCAUUUGAACUGAAUUUGUCUGAUCAGGAAUGAAUUCUGGUAUUCUUCUUUGUGGGGAAAAAUUACUUGAGUGGCUCUUUACUGCAGCACAAUGGUAAUUUAAGGCUGUGUUGUUCCAAUUAUGAUUUUUUUUUUUAAGUUUUAUAUUCUAAUGACUCGUCCAUUUUAAAGCUCUGUGUGAAUUAUUUUCCAGUGUUUAAAAGCACUCUGACAGAUCUCCAUUCUCUCCAUUCUUGCUGUUAAUUUAG